AGAAUGACAACAAGUGUAUGCAAUGCUGUACAUGAUUUCAUGUUAAAGGCUCAUUGGGCAUUUUAGCGGCUUGCUGCAUGCGUUGUCGAGACCAUAUCUAUUCUAGACUUGGAGGAGGCGGGUUUCACAACAUCGGGUGUGGCUUCGAAAAGCGCCUUGGUUUUUUUCAGCUCGUGAGUCUAUCUUACCAUCCCCAGCCUUCUCUCUCCACUCAACACAAUUAUCCUCGAUUUGGCCUUCCCUUCGAUCUUCAGUCUCGCAAACAUCGUCAUGGAUAACACAUCUGCACUUGCUGAGGGACAACCUUCUUCCUUAUAUUUUGUGCAAAGUCAGAUAUUCAAUAAUAGUAGGAAUACGACAGCACUCAAGACCAUAAUUGCCCCCUCGUUUGUAGCCAGUCCCGAGCUGAGGGGUACUUUGACGAUCCUAUGGAGCUGUAUCAUUACUCUAAUAGCAUGUAUUUACACGGCACUACACCUAAACGUCCCAGGAGAAACUGGUAAAUUCAAAGCUUUGGCGACAAAGGGGAAAUGGGUACUCAUAGGCCUUAUUGCGCCCGAGGUUGUGUUAUACCUUGCUUGCUCUCAGUUCCUCGAGGCUCGCCGUCUUGCAAAUGAACUUAAUCGCAUUGCUCUUGAAAGAGGAGAAGAGAAAUUGGCCAACAAUUCCGCGUUUGACAUCAAGUACGGAUUUUUCGUUGUCAUGGGUGGCCUGGAGAUCUCCGCGAAAGACAUUGUUCGCAGUACCUGGAGAGACUCGCCAAGGGGAACUCUAGGCUCAGGGUCUUUGAGAUUGACGCCGAAUGGAGUCUUGCAACUUGCUUCACUGGGCUACUUUGUGCCUGUUCCACGAUCCAAAAUUGACGAUAAGAGUAAGGCCGACGUGGUGCAGAAGUGUCUUGUCAUGAUGCAAGUCGUCUGGAUGGCAACUCAGUGUAUUGUUCGGAAGGUUUAUGGUCUUCCUCUCUCACUUCUCGAAGUCCACACUAUGGUGCAUGUUUUUUGCGCACUUCUCAUGUAUCUGUUCUGGAUGGAGAAGCCACUUGAUAUGCAUGAUCCGGAAGUCGUCAACUCGGAAGAAUAUGAGGAUAUCGUAGCUCUAAUGAUCCAAGAGCAAUUUCACGACAAAGAAAGUGACGAGAUCAUCAUAUAUCCUAAGAGUCACAAUGUCCGAACUCGCCCACCUGCUAUCAAAUGGAUUCACUCAAGCAACGCAGAAAAGCUGUAUGUGACAGCCGAAAACGGCAAAGUCAAAGCCGUCAAAUAUGUGCCCAUGGAGAUAGACCAAAAGCAACCGACUAUGCUAUUGAACGUUGGCGAAGCUCUCGACUGUGGAGUAAGUCUUGUUUCCCGAAUGUCUUCUUUCGAGAGAGAGGAAUUCCGGGAACGUGUUGUACGUCAAGGCUAUGAGUAUUUAUCUACGGACGACAGAGAGCGCUGGGAACUGAAAAUCUGGUACUCCGAACCAACUCUCCCCUCUUGCGAAUUGCAAAGGCCGGAUAUCACCAGACUCGAGAGAGUGGUUGCAGCGAUCGAGAGAAUAGACGGCCCAGUACACAAAGCAGAGCUACUCCACCCAGAGCACCGCGAGCCACGAUUCGCUAAGGAGCACUAUCACGAGUCAUUCAGUCGGUCGGCUGGAAAUAUCCAGUAUACUGGAGAAAGUCAAAUGGACCCAGAAGAUAUCGUCAUGUUUAUUUUCAACAGCAAGGUCCUCCUUGUGUUGCUUCUAGCCUUACCGGCCGUCUAUGGGGGCAUUCAUUUCAUUGUUUCCAAUUUCGACUUCCCUUCUCCUCUCGAGAGAUUUUUGUGGAGAAUAGCCGCCAUAGAUAUUGUGGCCACAAUGCCCGUCUUCUUUGCUCUGACUUGGAUAGGUCACUUUCUCUCUGGCUGCUUUGGCGAAGAUGAUGAGGGUGAUUGUCUGUGUUCUGUAAGCUAUAAGUUUCCGGGUCAUGUUUUACUGUUUGGGUAUAUAUUGUGCCGUUUGUAUAUCGUUAUCGAGUCAUUUGUCAGUUUGCGCUACCUUCCGAUAGGUGUAUUUUGGACACCUUCAUGGAUCCAAAUGAUACCGCACAUAUGAAUAGAAUAUUUUUGUCGAAUUGAACCAUCAAAGCAAUA